AGACCCUUAAAGCCAAAGCUUCUGUCCACACCACACACACCCCCCAUUCAUUACAAAUUAACAUUCAAAACCUAAUUAGCCACCAUGGAGGACGAGGAGGAGGGGUCACGCUCCCCCACCGCCACCACUCUCCCCGAAGACAACGAAUUCGACGCCCCGACCUCCUCUCCUCCGCCGGCUUUCCUUUUCCACCGCCCGCCCCUGCUGCAGCCUGCUACCGCCAUGGCGCCGCUUUACAAGCAGCGUUCCUGGUCGCCGGAUGCGUACCGCGACGAGGCGUGGCUCCGCCGCAAAGGCAACUGGAAGAACCGCCGCAGCCGUAGCGUGACGGACGAGGACGUCAACGAGCUCAAGGCCUGCAUCGAGUUAGGCUUUGGAUUCGAGUCUUCGCCGGAGGUGGAACCUGAUCAGCGCCUCUCCGAUACAUUACCGGCGCUAGAGCUCUACUACGCCGUCAACAAGAGCUACAACAAUUCUCUCCUCUCCAGGCCCCCCGCCCCCGUCACUGUCACCGCCUCCUCAACGCCGCCGUAUUCUUCCGCUGCCUCCGACGAUUGCGAGAGCACGUCUUCUUCCCAUGGCAGUCCCCACACCAUCUUCACCACCGGUGAUAAUCCGCAGACAGUGAAGACAAGGCUAAGGCAGUGGGCUCAGGUUGUGGCUUGUGCGGUGCGGCAAAACUCAGGCUGAGAAGAAGAAUUAACGAUGAUGAUGAUGAUUGCUUGUUCCGUUAAUUGGCGAUUAACCCAGGAACUAAACCAGGGUUAGCAAAGUUAACCACACAGUGUGACGUGUGUGAAAUUAUUAUUAAUAUGACGAUGACAGGGAUUCACCACCGAAUUGACGAACCCUACUAAAUACCCCCGGGGACCCCCCUAUUAACCAAACCCCAAUUGUCUCGGAACCAAACUUGUUAGUUCCUUGCCUAUUAUUAUAAUGUUGCUGUCGGCAGCUCCCCCUUUUGUAUUGUGCUUCUCCAUUUUCAUCACUUAAUUAAGGCUAGAUCUAUGUCCAUUAUAUAUACUAUCCUGCUUUGUUCACAUUUAUAUUACUUUUUUUGUUAUGGAUAUGCUAGCUAGCUGAUAGUGCUAGUUAAUUACUAUAGGUUUGUUUUAAUUGUGUCAGAACCAAUUCCCGUGUGAAAAUAUUGGUCAAAACGUGUGUAAUUGUAAUGUACUGUAUAUAUAUAUUGCCUUAGUUUGUUGGGCUUGGUGCUUGGAAUUGGAAGAAAGAAGAAUGUGACAAGUGACAACCUUGUAAUACUCUGACAAAAACAACAAACAAAAAGGGACGGGGUACAGCUUGUGUUCAUUAUUCUAACAUGGGGCCUUUGCGUGGAAAGUAGUGAGCUCGCUGAAACUUGGGGUUUCAACUUGGGUCUUGGAAUGAAGAGAACCUUAUUUGCUUGUUGGCUUUGUGAUAAGUCGUAGUUUCUAGGCUGUCAUUACCAAAUUUCCCGAGAUAGCAGGAGGAGGCGUAAUGGGACGUGUUGACUUUCAACUUUGUUCUAACAUGGCGGCUCAAUGCUCUUGAAGCCAAUUAUUGAUAGACCCAAACAGAGAUUCUGUUUCUGUUACAUCCCGGUUCGUGUUUAGGAUUUCAAUUCUUGUAUUCUAUUUUUAGAUGAGUUAGGUUGACACCUGUCAAUAAGAACUUUCAUAAUUUAUUACAA